GACCCUCAGGGCCCAGCCACACCAGAACACACCCAGGGAAGGCCCUGGAUCAGGCUAGGCAGGAAGCCCUUUGCCAUCAGAAGCAUGAGUGAUUCAGACCUACUGUCCUCUGCACCCAAUCAAGAUCUCCCCUCCUCAUCUUUGCAUUAUCCUUAUAGCAACCUUGGACAGGGCCGGGCCCACUUACAGCCCUCCAAACCCUGCCGCCCAUGGAUGCCCAGACUUUCCUCCAGCGACCUGUCGCCCCCUCCCUUGCCUCAGAAGACCCUGAGCCGGACCCGCUCUCUUCCUACCAGCAGAACUCUCCACUCCUCCUCCUCCGGCUACAACUCCCUUCCCAGGAGGGAGCGUCAACCCAGUUCAGGCCAGCCCCCCUGGGAGACCCUGAGGAGACCCUUGCUAGAGUCUCGGAGCCUGGAAGAGAUCCCAUAUGGCAGGGUGAGCCGCUUCGAGCCAGGCCCUCAGCAGCUCACCUUUGCUACCCCCGACUCUGAGCUGGCUCACUUCUUCCAGGAUUUGGGGAGCCCCCGGGAGGUGUACAAGGUUCUCAGAGGCCGCCAGCUGGAUUCCCUGCGCUGCAUAGAGAGCCGGCUGGGGACCCGGCUGGCUGGGCCGUGGCCCGGCAGGGGAGGGCCAGGUCAGGGCUUCCGCCUGCUGGAUAGCAAGCCUUGUGCCCAGAGCGGGGAUGCCUGGUACUACAGGGUGGUUCGGAUCACUGGAGAUACCUGGCACCUGCUGGCCGCCAAGGUCCCUAAGCCCUGGUCAAUGACCUCUGAGGCCCUGGAUGCUGAGCCCCCUGGGCUGGCCCUCCAGGCCACGCUCCAGCCUCAUUUUAAUGUGCAGAGCCUGUGUGGCCAGUUGCCAGCAGGGACACUGCUAGGAGCACCAUGGCAAGGGCCAGUGGCUCUGGUGGCCGAGGUGCCCACUCAGACUGUGGCCGAUUGGGUUAUAGCCAACAAGGAGCUGCAUCGGGUCUGUCCGGGACAGUAUGAGCGCCUUGUGUGUCUCUUGCUGCUCCAGUUGUGUGGAGCCUUGAAACAGCUGCACGUGGACAGUCUGGGCCAUGGGGACCUGAGGCCUGAGAACCUGCUCUUGGCCUCCCCCCGGGGCCAACCAACAGGAGCCCUGCCCCAGCUCCUUCUCACAAACUUUGCCAGGGCCCGGCCACUGGUACCACAGCUGCCUGCCCAGGAAGAUGAACUUCAGUUGGGCCUCCUUAUCUAUGAGAUGCUGGGCCAAGGCCCUUCACUGGCCCAAGCCCGGGGGGUAUCCCCACCACCUCUGCCCAUCCGCUCAGCCUACUCAUUGGCUCUGGCUCACCUGGCCCCGCGUUUGCUGCAGGCCGAGCCGGGCAGCCGUCCCCCUAUGGCCCAGAUCCGAGUGGCCCUGCAGACCAUAUUGUGGGGGCCUGGGCCUGAACUCCAGACCCGAGGCCUCCCCCUGGGACCCUGGCUGGACAUCCACCGGGCCCUGCUGCCCCUAGAGUUGGCUGAGCGCCUGGCGGGCGGUGGGGAGGCCGCCGGACUUGAGGACUGGCUCUGUUGCCAAUAUCUGACCGAAGCCUCACCACACACAGUGGGCUGGGCUCUGGAGCUGCUAUGGGGCCAAUUGCCAGUUGGUGGGCACUGA